GCCAAUACCAGCCGACCACUCCCCCAGCCCCAUUGGGCGUGUUUCUGGGCUUUCCCAUUAUCAGUUAGUUGAAAAUUGCACAUCAUUGUGUCCUGGCCUUACAACAAACACCUGUUCUGAUCUACAGCCUCUUGCUGAAGGAACAACAGGAGACAGACAGCAGGUGGCGGGGUGUGCCACAGAGAAAAAAAUGUCUUCAGAUAACCAGUGGUCAGCAGAUGAGGAUGAAGGCCAAUUAUCCCGACUAAUCAGGAAAUCUAGAGACUCCCCCUUUGUCCCUAUAGGUAUAGCAGGCUUUGUGACUGUGGUGUCCUGUGGUCUUUACAAGCUAAAGUACAGAAGAGAUCAGAAAAUGUCAAUUCAUCUUAUUCACAUGAGAGUUGCUGCCCAAGGAUUUGUUGUCGGAGCUGUGACUCUAGGUGUUCUCUAUUCUAUGUAUAAGGAUUACAUUAGACCACGAUUCUUCAGUGAGUCCAAAAAAUGAAGCUUAUAUGCUGGAAGCAAGAAAGACAAGAAGCUUCUGAAAACUAUUUAUUAUGAAGAGUAAAGUUUCAAUAUGUAGCAAAUUUUACUUCACAAGUGUCACAGAAUGCUCACAGCCUUUGUAUUUCAGUCUCAAUGUUUUAAGAAGUUGAUUUCCAGAUCAACAAUCAUAAACAGUCAACUCAAAAUAUCCCGUGUUGAUGUCUUUCAGAACCUAGGGCAUGAUUUUCUGACUUAAUUUUUUCAAAUUUUGUAGUUAGUGGCAGAAAAUAAUCUGCAACUAAUCUGUCAAACUAAUGAUAAUCUGCCAAACCAAUCUGAAAAAUUAAUAAUUAUAUAAUGGUUACAGAAGACUUCUCUUUUCUUUCUUUCUUUUUUUUUUUUGAGAUGGAGUCUUACUCUGUUGCCCAGGCUGGAGAGCAGUGGUAUAAUCUUGGCUCACCGCAACCUCUGCCUCUCAGGUUCAAGUGAUUCUCCUGACUCAGCCUCCCGAGUAGCUGGCAUUACA